UUUCUCCGUCUCUGUGUUUUUUUCCCUUCUUUUUUUUUUCUCAAUACUUUCACUUCAUAUUUCUUAGAUUAUCUUGAAAUGUUCGACUCUGAAAGUCGUAUGAUUUCAGCAAAACAAGACAAAAUGUAGGAAUAAGCAAUUGGUGGAGCAUUAAGGCAUCAAAUGAAGAUGAAGGUAUUGCAAAUCCUUCUAUUUGUUAUUCUGAUUUCAACAUGCUGGGAGAUGGUUGUUGUAGCAGAGUAUGUGAAGUACAAGGACCCUAAGCAACCAUUGAAUGUUCGAAUCAAGGAUUUACUUGGUCGAAUGACUCUUGCUGAGAAAAUUGGUCAGAUGUCACAGAUUGAGAGAGAAAAUGCGACGGCUAAUCCUGGUGCCUUAAAGACCUACUUCAUAGGUAGUGUUUUGAGUGGGGGAGGUAGUGUGCCUUCACCUCAAGCUUCUGUUCAAACAUGGGUGAAUAUGGUCAAUGGAUUCCAAAGGGUUGCUCUCUCUACUCGAUUGGGGAUCCCAAUAAUUUAUGGUAUUGAUGCUGUUCAUGGUCACAACAAUGUCUAUAGAGCCACUGUAUUUCCGCAUAAUGUUGGACUGGGAGCGACUAGGGAUCCGGCACUAGUGAAGAGAAUUGGUGCAGCUACUGCUCUUGAAGUUAGAGCAACUGGAAUUCCAUAUGUAUUUGCCCCAUGUGUGGCGGUUUGUAGAGAUCCUAGAUGGGGACGGUGUUACGAAAGCUACAGCGAAGAUCCAAAGGUUGUUCAAGCAAUGACUGAAAUCAUCCCUGGCUUACAGGGAGAUAUGCCACCAAAUUCUCGAGGAACUCCUUUUGUUGCUGGAAAGAGAAAUGUUGCUGCCUGUGCUAAGCAUUAUGUUGGUGAUGGUGGAACAUACCUUGGAAUCAAUGAAAAUAACACCAUUAUCAGUCAACAUGGACUACUUAGUAUCCACAUGCCUCCUUACUACACUGCUGUCUCCAAAGGUGUAUCCACCGUGAUGGUUUCCUACUCAAGUUGGAACGGAGUGAAGAUGCAUUCCAACCAUUUUCUGAUCACUGACUUUCUUAAAAACACUCUCCGUUUCAGGGGAUUUGUAAUAUCAGAUUGGCAAGGUAUUGACAGGAUAACUACGCCACCACAUGCAAAUUACACCUACUCAAUUGUGACUGGAAUCCUUGCUGGUAUUGACAUGAUAAUGAUUCCAUAUACCUAUACAGAAUUCAUUACUGAUCUGACCUACCUAGUCCAGAAGAAUUUUAUACCCAUUAGUCGAAUCGAUGAUGCUGUGCAUAGGAUUCUUCGAGUCAAGUUCACCAUGGGCUUGUUUGAGAACCCAUAUGCUGAUCCCAGUCUAGCAGAUCAGCUCGGCAAACAGGAACACCGCGAUCUAGCCAGGGAAGCUGUGAGGAAAUCACUUGUGCUCCUGAAAAAUGGCAAGUCUGCCAAUGACCCGCUGUUGCCUCUUCCGAAGAAGGCAAAAGUCCUCGUCGCAGGUAGCCAUGCUGACAAUUUGGGUUAUCAGUGUGGAGGGUGGACACUUACUUGGCAAGGGCAGGGUGGAAACGAUAUUACAGCUGGAACGACGAUUCUUAAUGGUAUCAGGUCGACUGUUGAUCCAAGCACCUCGGUGGUGUAUUCCGAGAACCCUGAACCAGACUUCGUCAAGCACAAUCAAUUCUCCUACGCAAUAGUAGUGGUUGGAGAGCUGCCAUAUGCUGAAACCUUUGGAGACAAUCUAACCCUUACGAUUCCUGCCCCUGGUCCGAGUGUGAUUCAUAAUGUGUGCAGCAAUGUCAAAUGCGUCGUCGUUCUAAUCUCCGGCCGACCGCUGGUGAUCGAGCCGUACAUUGGCACCAUUGAUGCUCUGGUUGCUGCAUGGCUUCCUGGCACAGAAGGCCAAGGUGUUGCAGAUGUGCUCUUUGGCGACUAUGGCUUCUCAGGCAAACUUCCCCGGACAUGGUUCAAAUCUGUGAAUCAACUGCCGAUGAACUUUGGUGAUCCACAUUAUGACCCUCUCUUCCCUUAUGGCUUUGGCCUUACAACAGAGCCAGUGAAGGGAAAUUAGAGACUGCAUUGGGCAUUCAUCAUAAAUGUUCUGUAUUAUCUUGCUGCGAAAACUGAAGUGGAAUAAGGUUUUCAGAUUGCAAAUGCUUGAAAUUGUGUCCUAUAUUUAUAAGAUAUUUCUUUCUUUCUUUUA